UUUAGGUAGCAGAUGGCGGUUUUUUCUAGUACUUCCGACUUCCGAGCGAUGUGGCCAAGUCAGACGGCUUCCGAUAUCUUACGAGAUGCAGACCUGAAAAUAAAAAGAUACCCGUUUACAUCUUACUUGAAGAAGAAAUAAAAUACAUAAUCGACUGAUGCAGCAUUGUGAAUUUGUGACAAUUAAUUGGUUAAUGUGCCAACUUGCUCUUACAACAACUGACUGAAAACAAAGCAGAGUCUCGCAGAAUUACAUACUUUAAUUUUGCCAAACUAUUGAGUUUUAUGUUUUUAGGUCUCCUUUUCAAAUAAAUGUGAUAUGGCAUGUGCUGCUGAGAAACGUGUUGAAGACAGUGUGAGCAGUGAGGCAGUCGGAGUUUGUGGAGAUGAUUAUUUUGCAGUUCAUUUAGCAGUCAUUCCAGAAAAAGCCUUUGGAGAAUUCAGUUGGGAUAAAGGUUGUGCCAGAAGCGGUUUCCUUGGAUAUCCAUACAAUGAAAUUUGUGGGAAAGAACACAGGCAUUCAUCUGCUCAAGAUGCUCAAGAUGGAACAAAAAAUGGAGAUGAGAAAGAACAAACAGAGACUACUUACAAGGCAGAGAAAGUGCUUCCCUUUGGAAAUCGUGGGGCACUGGAUGAACUACUGUACCAGUAUUGUAUUGGCAUCAAACCAAAGAGAAGAUUAUUGGUCACUUCCUCCCCUAAAUAUAGAGUUGCAGCAGAGAAGGACCACAACAUCAGCAUGAUUGAUUCAAUGGAAUUCUGUGUCCUUUACUUUGUAUUCAUUAGAAAAUUCCAAGCUGCACAGAAUUGCUCAACAAGAAAGAUGCGGUCAGGGUUGUCAGAACACCUCAAACAAGUGACAGUUGCUGACAGUGUAUUAGGCGUUGAAUGCAAAAAAGAGGGUUCCUGUAACAACCUUUUGCUGGCAAAUUUUUGUGCAAGAAGAUUAAAGAAGGACGCCAAAGACAACAAGUCUGAAAUUUUCUCAGGUUCUGAGGCACAGCAUGAUAUGCACGAGGAAUAUAGGAUGGAAACAUCAAAUGACUUACCUGAACUUGGUGUGAAUACAUCAGAUGACUUACCUGAACCUGGUGUGAAAACAUCAAAUGACUUAAGUGAAUUUGAUGUUUGUGAUACAGAGAUGAUUGAGAAGGUACAGACAAAGACUCUUAGAUACACGAAAAAGUCAAAAAAGCCAGGUGCUGUGAAUAAAGAAAAUGAGAAGAAAGAAAAAAUGAGAUUCUCUGAGCCAGUGCAUGUCACCAAUGACAACUGCAAUUACAACUUGACCCUGUGCCAAUUGACGAAGUGGUGGAUAUAUCUGAUAUUGCUCACAAAGAUGUGUUUGGAGGUACAGGGUGCUGUAAUAAAAGAUACAGCCGAAAGCUGUUAUGUCAGUGAGUCGGAGGGGAGAAGUAUACAAGAUAUGAAUAAGGAGACAGUCUGUCAUGUACCAUAUCUGACAUCAUCUACAUGUGAAGCUCCUGCCGAUGCUACUUGCCCAACAUCAGACCGACGUUUUGACUUGUUGGCAAAUGUGCAUUGCAAGUACAGGUGUAAUGUUGGAGAGAAUUUAGUGUGUUUGAACAGUGAUGAUGGAAUGCGAUUUGUAUGUUUGCCAAAUGAUAUAAGUUGUCCUGAAGGGUUGGGUUGGAGAAUAUCGUCUAACAAGAGCAAUGGUUAUGUUGAAAUUAUUGUCGGACAGUGUCAAGUCGGUUACCAAGAAACACCAUCGAGAUGCUAUGAUGCGUGCAAAGACGAACAUUUCCCACCUGAUCAUAUUCCAGAUUGGCUCAAACUUUACAGAGAAGGAGACAGUAGUCACCCUCAGCUUUUCAUGUGUGACUUUACUACUGGUUACUUUAAUCCAGAAAAUAAGUCUUUCAUCAAAGCAGAUUCACAGUUCCAGUUUAAUAUUGAUGACUUCUGUGUUAAUGGGCCUAAUCCAUGUUCUGAUGGACAAAUGCCAUUACAUAAUGGGACUUGUGUUAAUCAUUGCCAGGAUGGAUUUGAAAGAGAUGCACCUGACUUCAUUUGCAAACAGAAGAAUGACAAAAGGAAUGGUAGCAUUGUUACAGUUACUUCAACACUACCACCUGCACUUACAACACCUGUACCUUAUGAUCCUCCGUAUGAUGUCCCAGACAAUAAGACUGUAGCUUCUACAGAUAAGACAGAAAAUAUUACAAAUGAAGUUGAUGGUGAGGAGACCACAUUUGAGAAGUUACUGCCAUAUGUCAUAGGCAUGGCCACUGGUGGUGUUUUAAGCCCUUUUAUAUUUUUCGUUGUGCGAUAUUUGUAUCGUCGCACAAAGAAGAUGAAACAAAAGGUACCAUAUCCAGAAUGUAUGUAUGCUCCAAGAAAAGUGCAAACCAAAACCGAAUAUGGAAAUACCAAUUUAAAUAUUGGCGAUGGUGCAACAGUUCAUUUCUACAGUGAUAGAAAGAAGACUGUGCCAGACAUGUCAGACAGUUCGGAUGAAACCCUGCUGAAAUAUGUGGUAGCUGUGUCUGGUCCUUCAGAUGGAGUGGAAGAAAGUAGGGAGGUGUCAGGAUUAUUAAGUGAACCAAGUAGCAGGGUUUAGAGAGUGGGGGCAUUGUACAUUUCCAUCUGCUUUAGGAACAAAGAAUAACAGAUUUUUAGAAGAUUUUUCUACAAGUCAUCGCAAUAUUUCAGUUAGUCUCAGGCUUUUACUUUAAAUUAGAUUCUGUAACAUCAGACUGGAAUUUUGAUGAAAGUUAUAAUUACAUUACAGACUGGACUCUGUUUAGAUUUGGUUUUAAAGAUGCACCUUCUCAAUUUUGAAGAACAUCACUCAUGGACUUAUUCUCAUAGAUGUUGUUCAACACUUGUUAUAUUGCUUCUUUCUAGUGUUCAGUGCUGGAUGAUUUACUUAAUUUGGUACUGUUUCAAGCAGUGUCGGCCUGGACUGGAUGCAGGGGAGAUAAAUUUGAACCUGCUGUUGCCUCGGCUGGAAAAAAAUCCAUCAGUUUCUGUUGAGGGGGUAGUCUUAGUCAUUUUUUUUUUUACAUUUUACACCGACUUCGAACCAUUCACCCUCCAUUGAUGUUGCCUGCCCACUUAGCUCAAUAGGGAGAGUGAUCUACGGAUCAAGGUGUUGUGAGUUCGAUCCCCGGGCUUGGCAUAAUACAUUCUCCAUGACGAUUUGAUAAAAGACAUUGUGUCUGAAAUCAUUCAUCCUCCACCUCUGAUUUAUGUGGGGCAAUUGGCAGUUACUUGCGGAGAACAGGUUUGUACUGGUAAAGGAUCCAGGAACACUCACUGGUGAACUGCCCGCCUUUACUGAAAUACUGUUGAAAAAACAGCAUUAAACCCAAAACAAGCAAACAAACAAACUCAUUGAUACUGAUUUGAAACCUUGCUUGGGAUGUAGAAUUAGUUUUAAGAAACCGUCUAUCUGGCUUGCAGAAGGUCUGUGGUUCUACCUAGCUGCUAAACCAUGUAUGAGGAGUACCUGGUGUCUUGCUCAAGCAUCAAAAAUAGGAAAGAAUCAAAGGAAGGCAUUAAGUCUGAAGUCAUUUGUCCGCCACAUUUGAUUUAUGUGGAGAAAAUGUCAGUAGUGGUACAGAAUCUAGGAACACUGUUAACUGACUUCAGUGCUGUUGAAAAAUAGCACCAAACCCAAAUAAGUGAUGUUGAUCAAGCUGAACUGGUAGCUUAUUGUUUUGUGAAUGUUAGUUCUCAUCCACUAAAUUAUAUCUGUGUAUUAUUGGUAACAUGGUGGCAGAAAUCUGUACCAAAUGUUAUAUGUAUACGUAUUUUAUUUUUUCUCUUUUUUUAUCAAAAUGAACAAAAAAAGUAGAACAAAGCUCACCAUGUAUCUGCCUAUAAGAAACAACAUUUCUUAAACAGUGGUACUUUUAGCUUCCUCAGCAUUAUGAAGAUAGUUUAGGACUGGUUAGCCCAGUGUCAGUAUAAUCUAACUGGGUGGCGUAUCGUGUCGUGUGUCUAUGGCAUGAUACGCCAGUGAGGCAGCACUUUAAAGCUUGGCAUUGUGCUCACUGCUACUAUUAGACACCGUCAUUAUUAAACUGACGCUAAACCUGAACAUGUUCUAUGUGGUUCUGGGACAACGUGUAUGAAAAGAAGUGAAACCACUAUCUUACCUUGCAUGAUCGUAAGAAACAACUUACAGGAUCAGAACAGGGUUUUGCUGCAUUUCUGUUGUUCCUGCAGGCAUAAAAGUUUUGAUUUCAUAUCUAAUAUUUUCAUUUUGAUGUUAAUGAGAUAUGAAACCAAAAUUUUUAUUAUGCCCCCACUUUUGGGGGCGGGGGCAUAAUAGAUUUGCCCUUGUCCGUCAGUCCGUCCUUCCUUCCGUUCGUCCUUCCAAGAAUGUUGUGUCGCGCGUAGCUCCAAAAGUAUUUGACGUAGUGUCACAAAACUUUACAGGAAUGUUGGUCAGCAUGUGUAGUUGUGCACCUGGGGUUUCGCGUCCGGAUUCAUUCAGUCAUGUAGGAGUUAUGGCCCCUGACUUUGUAAAAAUUGGUCAUUUUAAUGUUGUGUCGUGCGUAGCUCCAAAAGUAUUUGACCUAAAGUCACAAAACUUUACAGGAAUGUUGGUCAGCAUGUGUAGUUGUGCACCUGGGGUUUUGCGUCCAGAUUCAUUCAGUUGUGUAGUAGUUUGGCCCCUGACUUAGUAAAAAAUUGGUCAUUUUAAUGUGUGUCGGGCGUAGCUCCAAACGUAUUUGACCUAGAGUCACCAAAGUUUAAAGGAAUGUUGGUCAGCAUUUGCAGUUGUGCACCUGGGGUUUCGCGUCCAGAUUCAUUCAGUAUUGUAGGAGUUAUGGCCCCUGACCUAGGAAAAAAUUUGUGUCCUUGUCAUGUAGUGGGGGCAUCUGUGUCCCAUGGACACAUUUCUAGUUUUUACUGUUUUGCACUGUAUAGUAUUUACUGUGUUGAUGGAUUAAAAUCCAAAUCUAAUCAUAUCAGAAUUAUAUUCAUGUGUUGUUACUGUAUGAAAUGUUUAGUAAAGAUGUUUAAAGGGAUACACAGUGGAUGAAAAUUUAAGAUUCUUCUUACUAUUGUGGAAUCAAUGUUUUUAAUAUUGAACUGAUAUGCAAGUUAAAUUAGAUCUAUUAGUAUUUCGGUGAUGCACUUUUUAAAGCACCUUUUUUAUCAUUAAAUGGGGAGUUCUAUAAAUCUUGUUUAAUAUAAUAUAUACGUAAGUAAGCAAUUUUCAUUACUUUGCUAACCUGACAUCUUUAUGCCAGGUUAGGAAAACAUGUCGGAAUUGUUACAAUAUGUUAUAUUUCACUUUUGUUUUUAAAUGUAUCUCAAUUUUACCAUGGACAUAAUAAGAUAAUUACAGUUUCAUGGUCUGAUUACUAAUUAGAUAAUUUGUCAUAUGUUGUUUUUCUUCAAUAAAACAACAUCUUUCUGUUUUCUUCAAUUAAAUGAGUAAUAACGGAUAAAUGAAUCUUGAAUAUAACUUGGGAAAUAUACACGAGUAUCCCUGUAAAGACGAUGCUCAUAAAAACACUUGUUGAAUAAGAUAAUUAUGUUUUUUAAGUUUUUUCCAUAGAAUUUUAUAACUACUGGUUUGAGUCGUAAAUUCAGCCAGGUCUUAAAUAAUCGGCCACCCACUUUAAAGCUUGUUUUCGAGCCAGAUGCUUGAGAACGCAUCUGUGUCAUCACAAGCACUUGCGUUAGCAAAAAAGUCGGCAAAAAACAAGUUGAGGUGAGUAGAAAAAAAGUGGUCCUUCCCUAAAGUUGUGUACUCAUUAAAUACCAAAUAUUUUGUCUCGCGGGUCUCGUGAUGUCAUCGCACGCGCUCGUUUAUGCUGAGGCCCGGCUAGGGUAAAUUCAAAUCUAAACUUUAUAACAUGAAAAGAAAAUGGGCUAACUACUAAAACGCGUUAAAGUUAAUGAAUAUAUUGUCCCUCAAAGUCAUUGAAUUUCCAUGUCUACAAAAUGUACGUUGUUUUUUUUCCGUUGACGUCAUUUCCUUUUGAAUUAUCUGUUUUGGGGCCGUAAUACGUUUAUGCUUUGCCACGUAACGCAUAUAUAAAAAGGUGUUAUAACUGCACGUUAGCACAAGAAUCUCUUUACUCUCAGCCCCGAAAAGUGUCAAGAACAGCAGUUUUAUGCUAGAAUGUGUGAUAAACAGUGACGUAAAAAUUAAACUACGUCAUGCUUGUGUGAGAAGGAUGACAGGCGCUUCUUAAAUCUGUUUGCAAUUAUAUCCCACAAGGUAUGCUAUUGAAAAUUGAUUACAGUUUGUUGAAAAAAGAAUGAUUUUGGCUGUAGCAUCGAUUUAUUUCCAAGACAAUGUUGAAAAUAAAACCAACUUUAUGUUUAAAAAGUGGCCGAAUAUUUACAACCUCUAGAAGGUAAAAUGUGGAGGCUAAACCUGUCCGUUAUUUUAAGCGCAGUUUAAUUGUUUACCAUACUGUAAACGGCCGUUAAUGAUAACAAUCAAUGUUACUUGUAUCAAAGCACAAUAUGGUAGAAAUUUUGUUCAAAUGAAUUGUAUAACAAAAGAAAUAUUUAUGAAAACCGCAAAAAGUGGCCGAAUUUACGACUCGAACCAGUAUGCACAUAUCACUUUUUUGUAUUUUUGUAUGUACAUGUAUUUUUAAAGUGCUAGAUAUAAUUGAAACAGAUGCAGAUCAGCAGGGGUGGAAGUAAGUAAGAUUUAAAACAAAAUAAAGAUAUUUUGAAUUAAACUUUUUACAGGCUAAGUCCUCAAUAAAUAUUUGGCACUUGAAAACUUUAAAAAAAAAUUAAUUUAAUUUUGUAAAAAAUGAGUAAGGAGUGAGUGAUAACUAAGAUAUUCUUAAAGUUUUAAAUAGGAUUAAAACUGCAAUGUUUCUAAAUGUGGUCCAAAAUGAUUAAAAUUUACACAGGAAAAUUACCAGUUAAAAUUGUUUUUGACAAGAAUUCAGUAGCUUCAUACAUUUUGAAAAAUAUCAUUCUUCACACUUGGAGUAAGAAUAAAAUACAAAAUCAGUGGUGUUGCCUGGUAUUUUAAAGAAAAACCAUGUUAUAGAAUAGCAGAAUCACAAUAAUUUUCAUUAACUAGAAGUUUAUAUGGAAAAAUACUGCUGUGAUAUUUCUGGCAAAACUUGUUUUGUAAUAUAAAAGCAGGAAGUUGAAAAAUAACACUGUAAUUAAGACAGGUGGAAAUUUCAUUACAUACAUACAAUGUAGUAGUUACAGGUGUGUAAUUACCUGUAGAAAGUUCCAUUUCAUUUCUGCUGUUUUAAAGUCUAGAAAAAUGACUGUCUACCCAUGAAUAGCUUCAGAAACAGACUUUACAAAUGUCCUACAAUUACCAGUAGAAAUAUAUUUUUCCCAGUAGAUUGUUUUGUAUAAUUAUGUGGUGUGAAAUCUCAGUCUCAUCCCUGUAUUCUCAUUACCUUUGUUGAUCUGCACAUUCCAUAAAUUAUGUUAUUUGACCAAAGCAAAUAACUGUGAUAAAGUGAUGGUUCUUGAGAUGUUUUUAUGUCAGUAUUUCAUAUUUGGUGUUACAUCUUAAGUUUUGAUGUAUUUGAAGGUCUAUAGAUUUUGAGAGUAUUGGAUUAUCUGGAAGGUGUAAUAGAGUUAAUAUAUAAGAUUAUUGAGUACUCUGAAAUCAAUAUUAUUAGGUUAUUUAACAUUGUUUUGUACGAUAUGGAGAUAUAUUUGGACUUGUACCCAGCUGAAAAAACCAUAUUGGACGAGCUGCUAGGCAAGUCCAAUAUGGUUUUUCCAGCUGAGUACGAGUCCAAAUAUAUCUCGUAUUGUUCAGUACAAUGUUAAAUAACCUUUUUAUUCUAUAUCUAUUUUAUUUUAGUUUAAAUUAAAAAUGAUUCACUGAAUAUUGUAUUUCUGCCUUUUCUGUAUUUUCUGUACAUAGAGCGCCUACUUCACCUGAUUUACAUUCGGAACAUUUUCACGCGUUUUGGGCUUUAUCGUAUGUUUAACAUGGGACUGUUGAACCGUCCAAAUACAGACAAAAUACAGGUUUUUUAUAUGCAUGUGCGUGCAAUACAGUAAUAUAUUGUACGGUUACGUGUUGCAUAUAAACCUUCACGAUUGGAUAAAUAAAAUAGAUAUAGAAUAAUUUGUUUUAUUGACAGUUAAAUUAUGGUCUGUAAGUAUUCAAACAACAGAAUAUUUUGUAGUUAGAAAAUAAAAUCAGUAUACAAUUAUAAGACAAGCAAAAUGUUAUUAGCUCACCUGUCACAUAGUGACAAGGUGAGCUUUUGUGAUCACCCUUCGUCCGUCGUCAGUCCGUGCGUGCGUCCGUCCGUCCGUGCGUCAACAAUUUCGUGUCUGCACGAUAGUGGUUUCAUUUAUGAUUUUAUUUUAACCAAACUUGCACACAACUUGUAUCACCAUAAGAUCUCGGUUCCUUUCUUGAACUGGCCAGAUCCCAUUAUGGGUUCCAGAGUUAUGGCCCCUGAAAGGGCCAAAAUUAGCUAUUUUGACCUUGUCUGCACAAUAGCAGCUUCAUUUAUAAUUUGAAUUUAAUCAAACUUACACAAAACUUGUGUCACCAUAAGAUCUUGGUUCCUUUCUUGAACCAGCCAGAUCCCAUUAUGGGUUCCAGAGUUAUGGCGCCUGAAAGGGCCAAAAUUAGCUAUUUUGACCUUGUCUGCACAAUAGCAGCUUCAUUUAUGAUUUGAUUUUAACCAAAUUUGCACAUAACUUGUGUCACCAUAAGAUCUUGGUUCCUUUCUUGAACUGGCCAGAUUCCUUUAUGGGUUCCAGAGUGAUGGCCCCUGAAAGGGCCAGAAUUAGCUAUUUUGACCUUUUCUGCACAAUAGCAGCUUCAUUUAUGAUUUGAAUUGAAUCAAACUUGCACAAAACUUGUGUCACCAUAAGAUCUCGGUUCCUUUCUUGAACCGGCCAGAUCCCUUAAUGGGUUCCAGAGUGAUGGCCCCUGAAAGGGCCAAAAUUAGCUAUUUUGACCUUGUCUGCACAAUAGCAGCUUCAUUUAUGAUUUGAUUUUAACCAAACUUGCACACAACUUGUAUUACCACAAGAUCUUGGUUCCUUUCUUGAACUGGCCAGAUUCCAUCAUGGGCUCCAGAGUUAUGGCCCCUUAAAAGUCCAAAAUUGGGUAUUUUGGCUUUUGCAGCCAUAUAGAUACUUCAUUUAUGGUUUUAUUUGAUACAAACUUCCAAAAUAUCUUCAACAACAAUAAAUCUUGGAUUCCAUGACAAAACAGAUCCAAUCGUAGGUUCCAGAGUUACUUUAUAUCUGAUUACCUCCCCUGAUUGUAAUCAAAAUGGAUUUAUAUCAGUAAGUACUUAUAGGACUUAUUUGAAAUUUCAUUAUUGUCAUUAGUUGGACUGAGCCAAUCAGGGUAGAUAACUAUGGACUGAUUUAAUGUCAAAUUACCUCCCUUUAUUUCAAAUUAAAAUGGGUGUAUCUCCGUAACUAAUGAAAAUACUGAUCUGAAAUUUCAUUUAUGUCAACAGAAUUAUUUGGCAGAUCCUUCUUUUGUUCACUUACAAUAAUUUUUUUUUUAAUUACUUCCCUUUUACAUUACUAUAAAUAGCUUAUUUUUAGUAACUUUUUUAUUAUUGGCCGUAGGGAAAAACCGAGACCACUUUUAUGUGGUACAACAUGGAUGGUACCUCUAAUUUUUAGGUGCAUUUUGACAUAUCUGUACCUUGUAAGAAUUUUUUUUAUUUUCUUUUUGGUUAAAUUUCUUCCCUUUGUUGUUCCUGUCCUUUGGACUUAGAUAUUUCUUCUGAGGACCUUCUUGUCCUCAAGUGCAAUGAUAACAGGUGAGCGAUAUAGGGCCAUCAUGGCCCUCUUGUUUGUAUUGUUACUAAGUUUUCAGAUUUUAUUGUACAUAAAUUGCUUGUAAACUGGAUAAACAAAUUAGUCUUAUUGCAGGAAUCGCACAGUUUUCUUGUAAUUCUAGCAGCAUGAAUAUUCUUCAGUUACUUGCAUUGCAUCAAAAUGAAAAAUAGUUCAAAGUUUUGUGAAAAGCAAAUUACAAACUGUAUCUUGAUUGCAUGGAACAUAGAUCUACAUUUUAUUUUGAAUAAAUUUGUUAUUGUUUUUAAAAAUUGGUUUAAUCCCAAGGUCAGUAUAAGAUUUGUUUAAAAUAUGUUAGACCUUCAGAUUACAUUGAAUGCUGCAAAUAAAUAUGGUUGUUUUGUUUUAGUGAUAAAUAAGUUAUUUUUUCUGUGUUGUUACGUAUUAUUGCCAGAUUUUUUGGACAAAAGGUCUCAGUUAUAUCUUAAACUGCAAAAUGUUAUGGAUUUUAGGCAAAACGCUUACAAAAUGCUGCAACCAUGGUUUACUAUACAUUUGUGCUUGCAGAAAGCCUAUUAGAUGGAUUUGAAACCAUAUUAUCAACAGGCAGAAACUAAGUCACUAGGUUAAAUCAUAGAAAAGCAUUGUUAAAACACCAGAAGCCACAUGUUCUACAUGAUGUCAUGAUUUUUUCAGGAUGUUUCUCUACGAAUCUGAAAUGUUUGAAACUGUAUCAAAAACUAGGUCAUAAUGUGAAAAAAAAUAGAAAAAACUUUGUUAACACAGUUUCUAUAUAAUUUUCAUAACACUUUUGCAAGAAUGUUUGUCUCUAUGAAAUCUAGCUUAUGUUUAAAACUGAGUAAUCUGAGAUUAAAAAUUAGGUCAUUUGGUCAAAUUAUAGAAAAACCUUGGCCACAUUUUCUACCUGAUCUUUAUGAAACUUGGUCAGAAUGUUUGUCUGUGUAAGAUAGGGUUAAUUCUAAAACUGGGUCAUCUUAGGUAAAAAUAUAGGUCACUAGGCUCAAUAUGCCACAUUUUCUACCUGAUCUUCCUGAAACCUGGUCAAAAAUUUUUUUAGUGAAAUCCAGGUCAAGUUUUUAUCUGGGUCAUCUAGGGUCAAAACUAGGCCACUAGGUCAGAUCUUAUAAAAACCCUGUUAAAAGUCCAGAUACCAUAUUUUUACCCAAUAUUCAUUAAAGUUUGUCAACAUUUAAUUUACUAUGACAUCUUGAUUUAAUCUAAUCUAAUUAAGCUCAAUUCUGGGUCCUCUUAGAUCAGAAAUUAGGCAAUUUGACAGGAAAACCUUUAACAUACUAAGGGCCACAAUUUAUACUUGAUUUUCAUGAAAAGUUGUUUUAUGAAAGCUGGGUCAAAUUCGAAAGUUUGUCAUCUGGGGUCAAAAGCUAUGUCUCUAGGUCAAAAAAGCAAGAACAAAUGUCUGGUUUUUGUUUGAUUUUUUUUUGUUUUUUUUUUCAUUCUUAAAUUGUCAGUCAGUAUUAACUGGUAUCAGUAAAAAUGUUUGGUAUGAACUAAAACUAAAAUACUUUUUAAUAUAAUCAGAUCGAAGUUUCUUUCAUUUAAUUCAAACGUUAUUCAGGCAAGUGGUUCCGUAACAUGUGCUCAGUGUGUUAACUAUCAGGCUAUUUUAUUCCAUUUAUCAGUUGUCUCCUUUAUUAAUUAAUAUUUGUGAUAUUUAGUAGGAUGAAAAGACCUUUUGUCCAGAAAUUAAACAGUGUAUCCAAGAAGUAAAAAUUUGUCGUGGAAAAUUCAUUACUGGUCAAAUAAAUGUUAGAAGUGAUA